AUGGGUCGCAUUCCAAUCCAAGUGGAGGUGCUUGCUCGCCGCGCGGCGGCCCUGGUCAACCUCACCUCAGCUGCGGGAAACUAUGCUUUGACAGGUAGAUGCCAAUCUCAUGCGCGGGCUUUCCCUGCGUCAGUCUCUUCGCAUGUUCGGGAUCCUCUGGCUGCCUGGCUAUGGUUGGUUUCGCCGGAGACGCGCUAUCCGUGCCGCGUGGAGACCCAUCCCGUUCCGAAGUUCGAUGUCUUCGUUUCCCACACCUGGAGGACGCCGGGAAGGUGGAAGAUCUUGUGUCUGAUGUACCAAACAGGCUGGGAGCUUGCGUUUUUCCUGCAGACGUUGGUCGCCACUGCCCUCUUGCUACUGAGCUUGAUCGGGAUUCUGCCGCUGCCUUCGACCACUACCAUCGCUGGCAUCCCGCCAGAGCAGCUUGGACAGGUUGAACUCCAAGCCAGGCAGACGACCAAGCUGACUCGCGACAAGUUCCUUGGGGCAUACGCGCAGCUGCUGAUCGAUCACAAGGUGGACGUGCCCAAGGAUGAGGUGAAGCACGCGGUUUUCGACCUGUUCGACCGCGACGACAACAAUAUUGUAAUCUCAGGUAGAGGUAGAGAGUUGCAGAUGGAAGUGCAACAGCGGCGGGAGGAGGGACAGGUGCCAGAUCUUGGACAGGGAGUUGAGGAGGUCAAUGACAUAGGAGCCCUCCAAGGACUGCCACCCCUAGCAGCGCCCCUGGAUGCCUUUGACCAUUUUGACCCGGAGCAGCUGGACGUUCAAGCGAUCGAGCCCGUCGAUAGUCUCUAUGGGUGCUUCGGGGGUCGCUGCUUGGUGUUGUACAAUGUGCUCUCUGAGGAAGAAUGCCAGGUCCUUAUCAGCUCCAUGGCCACGGAUGACAUGAUGGAGGCUGUGGCCUACCAGCAGGACUAUCGCAAGAAUGACCGGCUCAUCUUCGAAUCCGAGGAACUUGCCCUCCUAUUGUGGAAGCGUGUGCAAGCCACUGCAAGUCAUCUGGCAAUCCACAUCGAUGGAGAUGGCCAUGAAUGCUCGCGACAGCGCCUUCUGUCUGACACAAUUCAAGGUGGAGAUGACGGAGAUAGGCUCUGCCCCCGAGCAUUGCAGGCCCCUGUCGGUUGCCAUGGACUUUGGGAGCCCAUUGGUUUGAAUGAGCGUCUCAGGUUGUGCCGCUACAGGCCUGGUGGCUUCUUCCGACCGCAUUGCGAUGGGAUGUACAUGCGCAGCCAGGAGGAGAUGUCACUUUUCACGUGCAUGUUCUACCUGGAUUCGAGUAUGGAGGGUGGGGCCACAAAGUUCCUCAAGCACGAUGCAGUGCUUGCUGGCAAGAGAAGUCAAGAAGGUGACAUCUUAGCAUCAGUGCAACCAAGAAGAGGCAUGUGCCUGCUCUUUUUCCAGCCAGGUUUACUGCAUGAAGGUGAGGACGUGCAUGGCGGUGUCAAGCAUAUCCUCAGGACCGAGGUGAUGUUCCGCCGGAAGCCUGGAACAGGUGCUCAACUCACUGAGAGGCAGGAGGAAGCUCUCCGGACUGUCCGGGAGGCUGAGGCUGCAGAACUAGCGGGAUCUCUUACCUUGGCCUGCGACUUGUACAGACGAGCUUUCAAAAUGGAUCCGUCAUUGGAGCGGCACUUCUGA